AAGUAAUGAAAACCGAGGAUCCUGUCGGGAAUAACCUAACUAUUUACUACAAGGAAAAAGUUUAAUAUUUCAAUGGAAAAUGUGUUGGACUGGGGGAUGGUUCAGCUGGACGCGCCAGUCAGAUGCCAUGUUACGCAAUGUUGAGAAGAAAAUAUUGUCAUGUCUAAAAACAGCAUACAAGCGUUUCUACGUGGACAUAGGCUCUGUGGUGGGGCAGAGCGACAAGAUAUGGACCAUCUCGUUAAACGAGGAGUCGCCGCAGACGCCUCUGGUGCUGCUGCACGGCAUGGGCGCCGGCCUUGCGCUCUGGUGUCCAAAUCUUGACGCGUUUGCAGCCACGAGGCCCGUGUACGCUAUUGAUCUACUGGGCUUCGGGCGCAGUUCCCGUCCGAAGUUCGCGUCUGACGGGCAGAAAGCGGAGGCGCAGUGGGUAGAGUCCGUGGAGGAGUGGCGGCGCGAGGUCAACCUCGACCAGUUCAUCCUGCUGGGGCACAGCCUCGGCGGAUACAUCGCGUCCGCUUACUCCAUCAAAUAUCCUGAACGAGUACGCCACCUAAUCCUGGCCGAUCCGUGGGGCUACCCCGAGAAGCCUGCCAACGCGGACAAGCCCCAGAUGCCUCUAUGGGUUCGAGCAAUCGGCACGGCGCUGCAGCCUUUCAACCCACUGUGGGCGGUGCGGGCGGCCGGACCCGCGGGCAAGUGGCUAGUCUCGAAGACCAGGCCGGACAUAUCGAGGAAGUACCUCAACUACGUCCAGGACGCCGAGAUUGUUAUUCCCGAGUAUAUAUAUCAGUGCAACUCGCAGACGCCUAGCGGCGAAAGCGCGUUCCACAGUCUGAUGACGGGUUUCGGUUGGGCCAAGAACCCGAUGGUGAAGCGCAUCGACCAGCUGGACCCAGCGCUGCCGAUCACCGUGCUGUACGGCUCGCGCUCCUGGGUCGACAACAGCACCGGACAAGUGCUCAGCGAGAACAGACCUAACUCCAAGACUUAUGUGCAGUCAAUCAACGGCGCCGGCCACCACGUGUACUUAGACAAGCCGGAUCUGUUUAAUAAGUUCGUACUUGAAGCGUGCGCGCGCGCAGACGAGUAUGACCCCAAGCCCGCCAUCUUGGUGAACAAGAAGGCGAAGGAAACCGCACAAACAUCCACAUCGGUGUCGACCUCUUGAUACAUAGCUCUGCUUAGUCGAUUAGCCGUUCUUGGUUAAUUUUUUUAUAGCGAUUAUGGCUUUGGAUCUUGGGUACAUUUUUAAACCGGUUUUGGUAACUAGACGGAAACUAAUUGGAUUCGUUAGAAAAAAAUAUCGAUCAUACGAUGUGUUUUCAGCUUUUCGAUAAACCGGUUCCAAGCUCUAUUUUCGAACGAAUUGUGAGUGAAGUGUGUUGGGUGUGGUUUAUGGUUCGCUGCUUAUUAUGGGCUUACAAAGUGCUAGCGAUCGAUGUCGCUUAAAAUUAGACUAUUUAGCAAUAAUGAACUUUAUUGCGUAAGCUGCUGUAUGGUCAGUGCAAAUGGAUUUUUACAAUGGUCUCUUCGAUUUUUUCCAAGUAAUUAAAACUGCCUUGCAAUAUUUAAGAUUAUCGACAGCUAUCCCAUAAUACAGGUUCUAAGUAUAAGUAUGAAAUGUCAGUGCAGUUAAGUUUUGCUUGGAAAUAAUCCUUUGUUCAAAGGCCAGAAUAGUCAGAACUAAAUGUAUAUGAAAAGUAUUCAGCGUCCCAUGCGCAAUACGGAAGAAUUAUAAAAUGUAAUUGUAAUUUUUUAUAUACUAGCCUCGACGAUUGCUGAUUUUUUUUAAAUAACAAAUACGUAUAACUUGAGUGCGUACGUUUAGAUUUAUUUAACGCGUGACUUCUUAAUAUUGUUCACGUUACAACUUCCAUAGUUUAUAAUUGUUAUAUCUUGUUCUUUUAUUACCUUGUGCACUUUGAAUGCGAAUUUGUUAUAUAAAGUCGAAUUGUUACGAAAUUUAAUAAGUAUAACUUAUUCUCACGGCGGCGUAAUGCUUAUACGCAUGGCAAACACCAUAAGCAAGACAAACAUCGAUAUUAUUAAUUCGUACGUGACAUUGUACGUACGAUGACGCAAGCCGAAUUCAAAGUUCGCAUGGCUUUGUUAAAACAGUCGCGAAUACAGAUAUUUAGAGUUACAGAUAAAAUACACAGGAAUAUAUUCCUAUGAAUUUAGGGUAAAUGAUAGAUUUUUAUUCAAGGGAGGGAUUGCAUCUAUUUUCUCUAGUAUUCGCGCCUGCCAUACUCAUUACUGUAAACAGUAUUUAAAGUAACAAUGCCCAUUAUAUGGGUGCUCCAUAAUAUAACGAAGGCUCGUGAGGUGUCCAAUCCAUAGCAUUUUAACUUAGUAUUAAAAGUGCUUUUGGUUUCAUCACUUAAACGUAAUUUAGACAUAGAUAUAAAUGUUUAAAUAUACCUUCACAGUUUUUAGUAAAUAUAUUACUGUAAUGAGCAAUUUUAUUUUUUAUUUGGGCUUUUAAAUAAAAGACAUAAAACUGAUUUUGCAUUGGAUAAAAUUGUGUGCACAAAUCUCUAAGCAUAGAGCAGCUAUACAUUAGGUGCCGAUAUUUUUGUAUACAGUAGAAUAAACUAGUUGGUAUGCGACAAUAUGUUGCUUUAACACUCAUGUAUAAUUUUUCUAUCGAUUAUUUUUUGACGGCAUCCAUUUUGAACCAGUCAAUAUAUGAAAUAUUUUUUGUAAAAACUAUAUUUUUAAUAAAUUUAAGGUGCACGAUAUUUGCUAUCAGUCGAUAUUGAAGGCAUGUUUAGGUUUAUAUCUAUGUCCCUAAAAUACAUCAGACUAUAGUUAUUUUCUCACCUAUAUCCAUCUACCUAACUUUUAUAUCGCUUAGUAUUAACGCACGGUGGUACAAUAUAGUAAUACGGACGUUACGGAGUGAUUUCGUUGAGUAUUGUUAUUUAGCCGUGGGCUUUUUGAUACAGAGUGAAUUAUUAUUGUAAAUAAAUAUAACUUAUUAUUUUUA